AUGGCCACGGCCGCCUCCAACCCCUACAGCCUGCUGGGCUCGGGCGCGCUGGUGCACGGCGGCGAGGCGGCGGGCAUGCAGCAGGGGAGCCCCUUCCGCGGCGCGCCCAAACUUCUGCAAAGUGACUACUUGCAAGGCGUGCCCAGCAACGGGCAUCCGCUGGGCCACCACUGGGUGACCAGCCUGAGCGACGCGGGGCCCUGGGCGGCCUCGCUGGGCGGCGGCGGCGGCGGCGGCGGGGAGCAGCCCGACGUCAAGCCCGGCCGCGAGGACCUGCAGCUGGGCGCGCUGCUGCACCACCGCGGCGGCCACCCCUCGCCCCACCAGCCGCCCGCCUGGGGCGCCAGCCCGGCGCACAGCAACGCGGCGCUGGCCUCCAACGUCUACGCGCAGGCCGGCUUCGCGGUGGGCGGCAUGCUGGAGCACGGCGGCCUGACCCCGCCGCCGCCGCCGCCGCCGGCCGCCGUGACGCCGCAGGGGCUGCACCCGGGGCUGCGCGGCGAGGCGCCGGCCGAGCACGGCGAGCUGGGCGGCCCGCACUGCGCCGAGCACUCGGACGAGGAGACGCCCACGUCGGACGAGCUGGAGCAGUUCGCCAAGCAGUUCAAGCAGCGGCGCAUCAAGCUGGGCUUCACGCAGGCCGACGUGGGGCUGGCGCUGGGCACCCUGUACGGCAACGUCUUCUCGCAGACCACCAUCUGCCGCUUCGAGGCCCUGCAGCUCAGCUUCAAGAACAUGUGCAAGCUCAAGCCGCUGCUGAACAAGUGGCUCGAGGAGGCCGACUCCUCCACCGGCAGCCCCACCAGCAUCGACAAGAUCGCCGCGCAGGGCCGCAAGCGCAAGAAGCGCACCUCCAUCGAGGUGAGCGUCAAGGGCGUGCUGGAGACGCACUUUCUGAAAUGCCCCAAGCCGGCCGCCCAGGAGAUCUCCUCGCUGGCCGACAGCCUGCAGCUCGAGAAGGAGGUCGUGCGCGUCUGGUUCUGCAACCGGCGGCAGAAGGAGAAGCGCAUGACGCCGCCCGGGGAGCCGCCGCCGCCGCCGCCGCCGCCCCACGAGGUCUACUCGCACAGUGUCAAAACGGACGCCUCUUGCCACGACCUUUGA